AUGCAACCGAUUUUAUUUAUUUUCUCAAAGGCAAAGGUUGGAAAGCUCGGAGGAAGUCAACCGCUUUCCGUUGGUUUGGGUUGUGAAUCCUUGGGUGUAAUCUCGCAUGAAAUCGGUCAUGCUCUCGGCUUUGUUCACGAGCAAGAGCGACCAGAAAGAGAUUCUUAUGUGCGCAUCAACCUUCAGUAUGCAAUUCCUGGAACCGAAGGCAAUUUCGAUAAAAGACCUCUUGGGACUACAGUUGACCUCGGUGUGCCGUACGAUCUCGGCUCUGUCAUGCAUUACGCAUCUACCGUUGAUGAGAAUCACUUUAUCGGUGCUAAUUCUUUGAAGGCAUUUACGUUUGAAAGCCUGAGGCACACGGUCGAUCCAAUCGAUACAAAAUAUAGAUCUACAGUUGGAAAUCGUGUGGCGCCGUCAUUCACAGACAUUAAACAAAUAAAUCGUGCCUAUUGCGCCGAUUCAUGUAGAAACACAAUAAAUAUAUGCGAAAAUGAAGGAUAUCCAGAUCCAAACGAUUGUAGCAGGUGCAAGUGCCCUCAAGGUCUCGGUGGUGCAACUUGCACUGAUCUCGAAUAUUCCAGCUGUGGAGGUGAGAUACAAGCGGAUUACGAAUGGCAGUCUCUGAAUUAUUCGGUGUCUAGCACUUGCUAUUGGCGUAUUUCAGCGUAUCCCGGCGGUCACGUUCGCUUCAAAGUGACUGAUGUGUUUUUCAAGUGUUCACCAACAUGCAGCGAAUUCAUUGAAAUCAAAUAUUUAGCCGAUAUGCAAGUGACCGGAUUUAGGCUUUGUUGUUAUCCAGAGGGUGGUGUGCUUGUGUCGCACGGUCCUUUUAUUUUGUUGAUCGUUAGGGCCGUGGCUCCGUCUCGUUUCGCUAUUAAGUACAUGAGUGAUGGUGGUAUAAAGCCAUCAGAUGCACAAGAUGUUUGGAGUGAAUGGGGCGAAUGGAGUGAAUGCAGUGAGAUGUGUGGUGCUUGUGGCUUUAAACGGAGACAUCGUAACUGUUUGGAAGGAACGUGCAAGUUAUACGAAGAAGGUUACGCAGGAUGUCGUCAACUCACGAAUGGUGUUGUGAGCGGUUCAUCGCUCGUAACGGUCGAUGUUAUCCAGUUGGGUGAUCUUGUUGUGCAAUUUGUUAUGAUCACUUUAGCAGAGUUGAAUGUUUCAUUUUGA